CCCGGCUGUGACGUAUCAGCACCAGCGUCAUGGACGAAGCAGCGAAAAAUCAACAUGCGAAUAAAAGAAUAAACUCCGCCGCAGAGAAGCGGAGAUUAACGCCGAAUUAAGUGAACCGCUCUCGUUCUCUGUCGAUCAGCGAGCGAGGACGACGUGAACAAUGAGACGUUUGUCCAAAAAGAAAGCUCUGAGUCUGGUGAGGGAGCUCGACGCUUUCCCCAAAGUCUCAGAGAGCUACGUGGAGACGUCGGCGUCAGGAGGGACAGUGUCACUGAUUGCCUUCUGUGCCAUGGCUCUUCUGGCCGUCCUGGAGUUCUUUGUGUAUCGAGACACGUGGAUGAAAUAUGAAUACACUGUUGACAAAGACUUUUCCAGUAAACUGAGAAUAAACAUUGACAUCACAGUGGCCAUGAAAUGUCAGCAUGUUGGAGCAGAUAUUUUGGACUUGGCUGAGACGAUGAUCACGUCCAGCGGCCUCAAGUACGAGCCUGUUAUUUUUGAUCUGACUCCACAACAGAGACUGUGGCAAAGGACGCUGCAGCUCAUUCAGAGCAGACUGAGAGAGGAACACGCUCUUCAGGAAGUCCUUUACAAAACGCUGCUGAAAGGAGUUCCCACGGCGCUGCCUCCACGGGAGGACGCCUCUGUGCAGCCGCUCCGUGCGUGCAGGAUACACGGACACGUGUACGUCAACAAGGUGGCAGGAAACCUGCACAUCACUGUGGGGAAGCCUUUCCAGCAUCCUCAGGGACACGCCCACAUCGCAGCUUUCGUGAGCCACGACACGUACAACUUUUCCCAUCGCAUCGACCAUUUAUCUUUCGGGGAGGAGAUUCCGGGGAUCAUUAAUCCUCUGGACGGCACAGAGAAAAUCACCUUUAACAACAACCAGAUGUUCCAGUACUUCAUCACGGUGGUGCCGACCCGGGUGAACACGUACCAGAUCUCUGCAGACACGCAUCAGUUCUCUGUGACGGAGCGAGAGCGGGUGAUAAACCACGCCGCCGGCAGCCACGGCGUCUCCGGCGUCUUCGUGAAGUACGACACCAGCUCUCUGACGGUGACGGUCAGCGAGCAGCACAUGCCGCUGUGGCAGUUCCUGGUGCGACUGUGCGGGAUUAUCGGGGGAAUAUUCUCCACGACAGGCAUGCUUCACGGGCUCGUCGGCUUCUGUUUCAACAUCAUUUGCUGUCGCUUUAAACUGGGAUUCUACAGACCCAUCGAGCUUCACAACCAGACCAACCAUCACCAGAUUCCUCCGCCGGCUGAAGACGUGCCUCACGAGUAGCUGCCGUUACCGCGCAUGAGGAAAAGGUGACCUGUCGGAAAUGAGACAUUGUGUUCUCUGUCAAUUGUUGUUGAAAUUGUAAAAUACAGAUCAUUGUAUCAGCAAGUU